AUGCCAACACACCCAUGGACAACCUUACAUGUUGACUUCUAUGGACCUUUGCCUACGACAGAAUAUCUACUCGUAGUCAUUGAUCGAUACUCUCGAUUUCCCGAAGUAGAAGUGGUACACUCCACGAGAGCAUCAGCAGUGAUACCAAAACUGGAUAAAAUCUUUGCGACCCACGGUAUUCCAGACGAAAUCAUCUCAGAUAAUGGACCACCAUUCAACGGUUCUGACUACAAACGAUACUUAGACACCUUAGGAAUAACACCCAAGUUCUCCACCCCGUUAUGGCCCCAAGGUAAUGCACAAGCAGAACGCUUCAUGCAAUGUCUCAGAAAGGUAUUGCAAACAGCAAAACUUCAAAGUCGACCGUGGAGACAAGAAUUGAGUCGGUUUUUAUUACAAUAUCGUACAACACCUCACAGUUCGACUGGUGUUCCACCUUCCGAGUUAUUGUUCAACCGAAAAGUUCGAGGAACAUUACCCGUACUGUACAAGAAAAUUGUUGUGAACAGACACAACGAAGCGCGUGAAAGAGAAAGAAAACGCCAAGAAUAUAAUGAAGCGUACAUAAACAACCGACGAAACACCAAGAAAAGCAACAUCACCGUUGGAGAUCAUGUAUUGGUUAAACAGCCAAAACAAAACAAGUUAACAUCCCAGUUUAAUACAACACCAUAUCAGGUUGUAUACAGAAAGAAGACUGUGAUAAAAGCACGGAGUAAAGAUGGUCAUGUAAUAGAACGGAACAUUUCCCAUUUCAAGAAAAUUCCGAAACGUAAUGGAAGUGAAUCGGACAGUGAUGAUACGAGCGAGAACAACGAUGCCGACAAUGAAGAGAACGUGAGAGAUACACACUACAAUGAAGAAAGAAGAGAGGGUACAGUCAGAAGAUCUACCAGAGCGAGGAGAAUACCAGAAAGAUAUGGACAAACAUUACCAUCAGACAUUAUUAAUAGAGUGGAUAAUUAA